AUGCGUCAAGUCCUCGUGAAUCCGUUAAGUGGAUAUUAUAUGGAUAAAGAUGUGUUUGGUACCCAAGGUGAUUUCAUUACGUCGCCCGAGAUCAGUCAGUUGUUUGGUGAGAUGACUGGUAUUUGGUACUUGACAGAAUGGAUGCGACUCGGCAAACCCAAGAAAACUCAACUCGUAGAGCUUGGACCUGGGCGCGGAACACUGAUGAGUGAUAUGCUACGCACAUUGGCACAGUUUCCAUAUUUCUACGAGACCAUCACAGGGAUUCAUUUAGUAGAGGCUAGUCCUGGAUUGCGAAAAAUACAGCGGUCUGCAUUGACCAAAAACGCGGAUGAUGUGGAGGGAAACGUAGAAAAGGCCACCCGGGCGGAUGGCAUUGAUGUCUUUUGGCAUGAUGGUGUUGAAGUAGUUCCAGAAGGAUGGUCGUGCAUUAUGGCGCAUGAAUUUUUCGAUGCUUUGGCCGUACACAGUUUCGAGAAAACCAAAGAUGGGUGGAGGGAACUAUUGGUCGAUUUUGAUGAUACAGAUGAAACCCAGAGCCUGGCUGACUUGAUAAGCAGAGGAGGAGGCACUGGUUUAGUUAUCGAUUACGGUCAAGACUAUGCCCAAGGCGACACACUCAGAGCUAUCAAGAAGCACCAAAUCGUCCAUCCUAUGAGCGAUCCAGGCAGUGCCGAUUUAAGUGUUGAUGUAGAUUUCGCUGCUUUGAAGCUUGCUAUGGGCAGCAAAUAUCCUGAUAUCACAACGCAUGGCCCAGUAACCCAAUCCAAAUUUUUACAAUCACUGGGCAUCCAAACGCGACUGGAGAUGCUUUUGAAGAACGCUAAGACAUCAGAAAGCCGGACAAGUCUCGUCAAAGGUUUCCAACGUUUGCUUGACCCUGCUAUGAUGGGAAGAAUCUACAAAGUGAUGUCAUUUGCAAAGGAAAAUGAUGCUACGAAAGAAAAGCCUGUUGGUUUCCAAUGA